UACGACGUACAGAUAACUAAUGUUCUAGGUGGCAGGCUCUCCAGUUCUCGUAUCAUCAGCUCGUCUCUGCUGAGUGCUGAUCAUUCUCGUAUUACAUAAUACAAAAAUUGUUUUAAAAAAUUAAAUUGUUUUUAAUCAGUCGUCGUGAUGGCCAGCCAAACUCAAGGAAUCCAACAACUGUUGGCUGCCGAAAAGAGGGCUGCUGAAAAAGUAGCCGAAGCCAAGAAACGUAAAGCAAGACGUUUAAAGCAGGCCAAAGAAGAAGCUCAAGAUGAAAUUGAAAAAUACAGACAAGAAAGGGAAAAACAGUUCAAGGAAUUUGAAAUUAAACACAUGGGUUCUCGCGAAGAUGUUGCUGCAAGAAUAGAUGCUGACACUAAAAUAAAGAUUGAAGAAAUGAAUAAGGCCGUAAUUGUUAACAAGCAGGCAGUCAUUGAUCAAAUUCUUGAACUGGUUUAUGACAUCAAACCAGAGCUGCACAAAAAUUUCAAAGCUACAGCUAACAAAGAAUGAUAUGUGUGUCAUAGUAUUUUUUUUCAAUUCCAUAUAAGAAAUAUAAAGGUGUACAAAUUCAAUUUUGGUUUUAGUUUUCGUUUCACUGAAACAUUCCAUAUGUUGUUCAAUUUUAUAGUGUAUUAUUAUCAUGAUUAUUUAUUUGUUUAGGAUUUCAAUAUUAAAAUUUUAAGAACAUA